AUGGAUGUUAAAGCAGUGAAAAACUCCAAUGAUGAGUACUUCCACAGGAAAAAUGGAAUUAUUAUUAAUUUGAUGGAAGGAAAGAAAAUAGAGAAUUCAAGAUUAUUCUCACAAGGGCAAUAUGGUAAAAGGAAUGUGUCAUCCUCCAUCAGCUAUUUCAGCUUAGUGUCAUUGCUUUUUCUAACUUGUGUCACUGUAUCUUUGUUACUUCUGCCAUUGAUACUUCCACCAUUGCCACCACCACCAUCAUUCAUAUUGUUGCUACUCCCUGUUUUCAUUCUCCUACUUCUUAUGGUCUUGGCUUUCAUGCCUUCCAAUAAUGUCAUGUGA